GCUUCUGAAACUAAGGAUAUAAAGUACCAGUGGGGACAGCCAGCCCAACCCUGAGUUUUUGGGAGCUCAAGCAUGCUGAUUUAGCUCCAGAAGAUGGAACUGCGAGUAACAAGCGUUCUUCUUCUCCUCGCCGCCUUGGCCGUGGUUCACGGAGAGCGAUAUUACGUGAAAAAAGCUGUUAAGGCACCCCAGUACCAGCCUUACUCCGUGAAGAGCCAUGUAGUGCAGGUGGCUGGAGAGCCAGGUGCCCCAGGUGAGCCAGGAAUGCCUGGACCCCCUGGCCCCCCUGGCCCCCCUGGCAAAGGCGGUGAUGGACCCCCAGGAGCCCAGGGACCUCCCGGACCACAAGGAUCACCUGGCCACUCUAUACCUGGCAAGCCAGGAACUCCAGGUGGACCAGGUAAAGCUGGUGAAAGAGGUCCACAAGGCCCAAGAGGAGAACCUGGUGCAACUGGACCUCAAGGUCCCAGGGGAAUGCCUGGUGCUGCUGGCAGCCCUGGACCUGCAGGCCUCGCUGCUACUGGUAAACCUGGUCCAUCAGGUCUGCCCGGAUCAAUGGGGCCCAGAGGCGAGCCUGGUCUGAAGGGACAUCCAGGUGUUCCUGGUCUGCCAGGCCCAAAAGGAGACAGGGGAUACGGCAUACCUGGUGCUCCAGGUGAAACAGGUGCCAUGGGACCAAUGGGUCCUCCUGGGGCCCCCGGUCAACCUGGUGUUGGGAAACCAGGCAAAGCAGGGAUCCCUGGGGAGCCUGGGAAGUCAGGUACCCCAGGUCGUGAUGGGGCUUCCGGACCCAUGGGAAUGCCUGGGCCAAAAGGCCACACUGGUGCCCCUGGAGUUGGAAUACCCGGAAAGCCAGGUGAGAAUGGCGCUCCAGGUAUGCCCGGCGCUGUAGGACCAAAGGGUCCCCCAGGAGCCACUGGUGCACCUGGAAUUCCCGGCAGUCCUGGUUAUGGAAAAUCAGGUACACCUGGACAGAAGGGUGAGAGGGGAGUGGUUGGUAGUCCAGGUACUACAGGUCAGAAGGGAGAGCCAGGACCCACUGGGUUUACUGGGGCACCAGGUGCCACUGGACCUAUGGGCCCAGCUGGCCCUCAGGGUGCAAGAGGCUUCCCAGGAGAAGCAGGACUGCCCGGAUCCAAAGGUGACACUGGGCCAGUAGGACCACAAGGAGCAAAGGGAGUUAAGGGUGAUCAGGGAGCGCAAGGUUUUGAGGGAAAGCCAGGUUAUUCAGGUCCAACGGGCCCUGCUGGUCCAAGGGGAGCCACCGGACCUCAGGGUAGCAAAGGUGACACUGGUUACACAGGUGCGCCAGGUAUCCCAGGGCCAACGGGACCUGCGGGAGCAAAGGGUAUUCCAGGACGACCUGGAGAGCAAGGACCAGCAGGAGACACUGGAGCACCAGGGCCAAGAGGACCAGUUGGGCCUUCAGGUCCUGCAGGUGCACCAGGCCUUAAAGGCCACCAAGGUCUUCCUGGGCCUCCUGGCCCUGCAGGAUUGACCGCUAAGGGCGUCUCUGGUCCUCAGGGUGCCCCUGGAAUUCCUGGGCCCAGAGGAGAUGACGGUAAGCCCGGACCUGCUGGACCUCCAGGCCCACCUGGUCCUCCCGGCGAGAUUGUUUUUGAGGCCCCCAAGAAGGGAGCUGAGAUCGAGCUUGUCAAGGCACCUAUGUCCGCCUUCACUGCAGUACUGACCAAGGCUUACCCUCCAUCCGGAGAGCCCAUUCAAUUUGACCAGAUCGUGUACAAUGCAGAGCAGCACUAUGACCCUUCCACCGGAAUCUUCACCUGCCAAGUGCCAGGAGUCUACUACUUCUCCUACAGCAUGCAUGUCAAUGGGGCCAACGCCUUGGUGGCGCUGUAUAAGAAUGGCGAGCCAGUGGUUUUCACUUACGAUGAGUACAACAAGGGCUUCCUGGAUCAGAUGUCCGGCAGUGCUGUGCUACAGCUGAACGAGGAGGACACGGUCUUUGUGCAGAUCCCAGACGAUGAAGCCAACGGCAUUUUUGCUGCCGACAAUGUCCACUGCUCCUUCUCUGGCUUCCUCAUCGCCUCAACGUGAUACGUCACUUCAAAAUCUCCAACACAACAUCCAAGCCCACAAGCCAUUUCUCCAAAGAGCAACCUCCCUGUUUUAGUACCCCAUAACCAGACAGGUUAGUGUUUGGAGGAAAUGAAAAAAAAGAAACAAAAACAAAAAAAAAGAAAAACAUCUGACAGCAAUAACUUGACUUGUUAGUUUUGUUUGUUAUUUGGCGGUAUCUUAUGGAAAACAAAAGCAACAGGUGUCUGUAAGAAGGAAAUUAUUUGUAUUGAACAUUUUAUCAGGAAAAGGGUUAUAGUUUACAAGGUACCAAAGUUUCAAAAUUUCUUAUGUGGUUGCAAACAGCAAGUCAAAUUCAUGAAGUUUUUUUAUGAUUAAACUUUUUUUCUGAUAAUUGCUUGUUUUGUUUUUACCGCUUAGAGCGGGUGAUUCUUAUUUUUGUGUGUUUGUCUGUUUGAAAAUGGUGCUGUUGGUAACAUAACCAAUACUCAUACUGAAUAAUCAGUGAAAAGAUCAUGAUUACUUUUUGUACACAAUGUUGUGUCUGACGUCCUUGAAAAUGAUGAAAUAGCAAGAAGAUGAAAUUAGGUUACCAGAGGCGAAAAUUGUACAAGACAAUAAAUGGCAUUCAAAUUUAGUACUGUAUGUCAACAACAUUGUUAUAUCCCUUAAGAUGCAUUAUGUUAUGU